CGCGCACGGCAACCAACAAGUACAGGACUCGAUACUCGGUCCAGACGAGCCACGGGUCUCCAUCUCGGACCCGUCCGGUCGCAACGAGUCCAUAAGUCAUGCAUUUGGCUCUUAUUAUGGCUCAGGUGCGCGCCCAAUUUCCACAAAGGAUCGCCCUCGUCGUGAGAGCAACACUGGCGCUGGAAGCUACCUCGGCAUGAGCUGGGGAGGUAUGUCUGUGGGAAGCUGGAUCAACAACGACCAUGCAGGGCACGUCGCCAGCCAUGCAGUCACCUUCCUUCCACUCUUCUUCGUACCUGCCAAAAAUGGAGGCAAAUUUUAUGAAAGAUUUCACAUGCUGCGGCCUGACACUUGACUCACUACAUGAACUCCUUCAACAUUUUGAAGAGGCACAUGCCCAAGCACCCGGUCAAAAUUUACCUAGAACGUCAACCAGUGGUCAUAGCGGCCUCCCACAAAAGCCGGGUGCUAUGCCUGCUUCGUCAAGUCGUGCAACACAAGCGGAUCCUGCUGCAUUCACCCAGCAUGGCUUUCAGACUACUCCACGCCCACAGCCCACACAGUACAACAUUGCACGGUCCCAGCGACUGGGAUCAGAUGGUUUCAGCAAAACGAACCUGUCUACCGUGCAUGACAUGGACAAUGUGGAGGACAUGGAGAUGGAUGAUGUGGGCGUGAUGCCGUCAAUUGAUGAGCAGCACCACUUUGACAUGCAGCAGCAACAACACUUCAGCAAUCUUCCCCAACUGAAUGUGAACCUUGCGAACUUGCAGAAUCAAGGUCUUCGAAAUUCGAACCCCAAUACCCCUCUUGCUACAGCUUCGCCCUUCGGACUUCAACACAACCCCACUGUCUCUUCUGUCAACACGCCUACACUUAGCACAGCACCACUACAACAGCAAAGUAGGACACCAGACUCAUCUACACCGGGUACUCCUGCAGAAUUUGACCCAGAUUACACCAUGGGCUUACCAGGAGGACUUCCGAUGAAUAACCAGAUGAACGGUAUGAAUGGACUAAACGGAAUGAAUGGCAUGAACGGAGACCUAAAUUUCAACAUGAAUUUUGGCACUGGAAUGGGGGGAGCCUUCGAUGGUACAAUAGACCAGCCAGCCAAGCGCCUCUUCAGCAAAAAUGGAUCCGGCGUCACCCAGGCACAGCUAGCGAUGGCAAUUCGUUCCGCACAGGGAGCUGGCGACGUGCAGCUACAGAAUCAGCUUCUUGCAAAGAUGCAAGGUCUGCAACAGCAGGAAGAGGUCAAGCCUUUCAGAUGUCCUGUAAUAGGAUGUGAAAAAGCAUACAAGAACCAAAAUGGUUUGAAAUACCACAAGACGCAUGGUCACCAAAAUCAGAAACUCAAGGAGAAUGAUAACGGAACCUUCUCUAUCGUCGAUCCGGUUACAAGCGUUCCUUACCCUGGCAGCAUGGGCAUGGAAAAAGAGAAGCCUUAUCGCUGUGACUACUGCGGGAAGCGCUACAAGAACCUGAACGGCCUCAAGUACCACAGACAACACUCAGCAAAUUGUAACCCCGAUCUCGUCAACCAACUUGGCCCGCUCAAUGGCCUUCAAAAUAUUCAAGGUCUCAACGUCAACGUUGCUGGUGCAGGCCUAAGCGGCAUCGAAGGUAGCAUGUUCUGAGUAUCGAAACCACAGCGUGUUCUUUCCUUUUCACUUGCUUUUCAUCUACUGCCAGAUAUCUGUCAGAGUCUUUUGUCGAAUACCCAGCUUCAACCUUUUACACACGCUAAGGCCACUAAUACGCUGUCACGGCCGCACAUGAUGAACCGAUAGACUAUGCCUCUCAUUUGUUCAUAUACCGGCUGGCGGCACAUCCUUCGGCAUCAUCAUAUCACAUUUCAGGCGUUUUUAAAAUACCACCCAACCAAAAGUUUGUUGAUUUGUUGUUUGUUUUUCCGGAGUAUUUUUCACUUGUCAAUGUCGUCCCAACUCACUGCGUAUACUGUCAGAAACGGGGUUUAAGCAUUCCCGCUUUUUUUGUAAUUUCUUGUGGAUCAAUUUCGCCCCUGUUUUUCGGGUCUCCCUACCCAACGGCAAUGCUGAUGUGUCU